UACAUUGGUAAUAUAAAACGUGGGUGGUAGGAAUCUUCUUAUUGACUCAUGCGUCUUUCGUAUUCUCUUCAUUUAAGUUACAGACUGUUACGCGAAGGAAGUAAUAAAAAAAGGUGAAAGUUGUCCGAAAGGCUCUCUCUCUCUCUCUCUAGAGCUUCACAUUCUCUAUCUACUAGAGAUAUUAAAAAAGGGGAAGUUCUUCCUCAAUUUGGGCAAGGAGAAAGAUUGCAAAACACCAUUGUCCUCACGACAGGUUUCUCUGGGAUAUAUAUAAUCUGUUGAAGGAUUCACAUUUUGGUCUAUAAGUUCUCACUUGUGCGUGCAGUGAAAAAAAUGAAGGCUGAUAGUAUUCUGGACUAUGCAAUAUUCGAGCUUUCGCAUAAACAUUCACGAUGCGAACUGUUUGUGUCGAGUAAUGGAGAAACAGAGAAACUUGCUUCAGGGUUGAUCGAACCUUUUGUGAAUCAUCUGAGUGUUCUUGCAACACAAUCUUUAUUUAGAGCGGAAGUAGAAAAAAGCCAAAAUGGCAAAUCUUGGUUCACAAGAAGGACACUCGAGAGGUUUGUUCAAUUUGUUAAUGGUCCAGAAGUUCUGGUAAGAGUCGGUACAAUUGAUUUGGAGAUGUCACAGUUGGAAGCAGCUCGGACAUUAUAUUCUCAGGAUGAUGGAGGUGUAACGGAUGCAACAAAGAAGGAGCUCUCAAGAGCUAUAGAUUUAAGACUUGAGGCAAUCAAGAAGGACUUAACCACAGCGAUUGCUCAAGCCUCAGCUAAUGGUUUUGAUCCUCAAACUGUCUCUGAUCUCCAACGUUUUGCUGAUACAUUCGGUGCUCAUCCUUUGAACGAGGCAUGUGGAAAAUACAUAUCAUUAUGUCAAAGAAGACCAGACCUGAUCAAGAAGAACUUGACUACCAACGAAACAAACACCAGUCAAGUCCAAAGUAUCAAGAAUGAUGAAGAGGAGAAAAAAGAUGAGUCCUCUACGGUUAAGACCACUCAACAUACGAGGAGGCUCAGCGUGCAAGACAGGAUUAAUCUCUUUGAGAGCAAAAAGACGGAAGAUUCAAACUCUGCAGGACACAAACCGGUGGUUGUUGCUGCUAAAUCCACCACAGAGUUGAGGAGACUUUCCUCUGAUGUCUCAUCAGCUGCUGCUCCUCCCGUAUUCCCUCAGAAAUCCGUCUUGAGAAGAUGGAGUGUUGUUAGUGACAUGAGCUUUGAUUUUGCAUCGGAUAAUAACAAGAAGUCUGAGGGUAGUGGCAACGAAGAAGGUCCCUUGAGUAGACCAUCCUCUGGUAAUCCUGAAGCCACAGUGCCAAAAGAGUCUGAAGAGGAGAGUAAAAAGGGUGAUGAUGAGGAUGAUGAUGAUGUGUCUUCUACUAAAUGUGAUGAUUCUCAAAAUCAGACUGAGGAGAGCUAUGCUUUCAAGCCCCACAAUGUGGCACCACCAUCAGUUAUGUUUCCUCGACAUUCGCGGUCUCGAUCAGCCCAUAUAGGAGAUGGUAUUGAUAUCAAAAGUGAUGAGCUUCAAUCACAAAGCCGGAAGAAAGAUGUGAUAUUUUCAGACAAGCAUCCUGCCUUAACAAUCUUGACAAAACCAGCUUCUGCAGGGUCUGAACAGAGACAAAAAUCAUUUGGUGUAGAGCAUGAUCUUGUGAAUAAAGAUUCAACUGCUGGAAAAAUCAACAGUAACAGAGUUCGUGCAACAUCUGUGGAUCAGAUGCAAAGACCAAGAAUGUCUAGGGAAACCUCUCAAGGUGUCAACGACGAGUUAAAAACAAAGGCAAACGACCUUGAGAAGAUUUUCGCCGAGCAUCAACAACGAAGUCGCCGUGAAGACCAUCAUCAUCAAUCAGCUGGUGAUGUAAAAGACAACAACAACAACAAGAACGUUGUGAUGCGUAGGAACGUAUCUGAUUUAAGCUAUUCAGAUGAUUCCAAAGGAAAGUUAUACGAGACGUAUAUGAAGAAAAGGGACGCAAAGCUGAGAGAAGAAUGGAGUUCGAAAGAAGCUAAGUUGAAGUCAAUGCAAGAAGCUCUAGAGAGAAGUAGAACCGAGAUGAAGGCUAAGUUCUCCGAGAAGAGACAUGAUUCUAUAUCGAGUACACGUCAGCGUGCUGAGAAGCUUAGAUCUUUUAAUACUCGGUCGAGUUUGAAGAAGUUUCAGCAGCAUCCUAUAAGCUCAUUACAGAGCGAAGAAGAAAACGUGAAAGAUAAGCCACUCAGUGGAAGGAGCUCUCAAGUUAGAAAGGCUCCAUCACCAAACCGGAGCUCUCGAGUCUCGAAACCAUCAGGUAAAGUUUCAAACACUAACGUUACUACUUCCGGGAGAGGGAGAAGAACAACAGCUGAGGUUAAUCCGGUUGCACAAUCUUCUUCCAUUCCCAAUUUCUCUGAUCUUAAGAAAGAAAACACAAAACCAUCUGCUGUUAGAAACCCUCCUAUGAUGCGAACACAGGUGAGGGGUGGUAAUAAGAAGACUACAAAGGAGGAUGUACCGUCUCCUGUUAAGCCUCGGAGGCCGAGGUCGUUGAGGAAGAGCUUCUCUGCCAACAUAGAGUUCACUGAGCUGACAAGUACUCUCUACUCUGAUGAGAGGAAUGAGAAGCAGAACACUGACGUCGAUGAGGUACCAGAGAGCUUGAGGAACGAAGAGGAAACUGACUCUGAGGCUGAAGAAGAAGAAGAAGUGAAGCAAGUUGUGGAGAAUCAUGUCAAAGAAGAAGAAGAGGAAACUCUAGUGGCUGAGGAUGUUGUUGAUGAAAAGACUACACUUAGUGACAAAGUUGAGAACUCCUCAGAGGAUGAAUCUCAGGUUGUAGACUUACCGGUGAACACUACUCUACUACCUUCACCGUUUCAGCACCACAUUGCCUCGUUAAUGGAUUCGCCUAGCGAGAGUCCCCUCUCGUGGAACUCAAACUUGCAGCACGCUUUCUCUUACCCUCACGAGCAUUCGGAUGCCGAUGCUUCGAUGGAUUACUCUCCCAUGGGGAGUCCUGCUUCUUGGAGUUCGAGAAUGAGAAAGAAAUGGGGAACAACAACGGGUCAGAGUCCUGUCAUUGUUUCAAACUCUUCGCCGCUCCACUCUCGGAAAGAUUUAGCAAAAGGGAUCAAACGUUUGCUUAAGUUUGGGAAGAAAACUCGUGCUGCGGAUAGCUUGAUGGAUUGGGUUUCUGUGACAACAUCUGAAGGUGACGAUGACUUUGCUUAUAGAUCAUCUGAUGAGUUAAGGAAGACAAGAAUGGCAUCUUCUCAAAGUCAGCAUUCUGAAGAUGAACAAGGGAGCUUUAAAGCGAAAGAUGGAGAGUUUAAGAAAUCAUUCUUCUCACUCUCUACAUUCCGUAGCAAAGGAAACGACUCGAAGCCAAGAUAACAGAAGAAAGAACAAAACCAAUCUGUGUGUUUUACCUUUACAACAACACAAGUACAAAGUUUGUAGUGUUGAAACAAAGUUACAGUGCUUGAUUUUAUUUGAGUACAUUAUUGUUGAUUUCUUUAAUAUUUAAUUGAGAUAAACAUAUUUUUGAAA